AUGGCUUCGAAUUCAGGUCCAUCCAAUUCUCCACUAGGUUUCUCAUUUGUUCUACAUAAAUCCCCAUUUACCACCAUUACGUCUGCAGCCACACGACAACCACUCACCGCCGUUCGGAUUUCUCUCCUUACACCAAAUAAUAAGAAUCAUUCUCUUGGAAAUCCAGAUGUUGAGUUAUACUAUGAACCAGAUCUUGGUGUAUCACUAGUGAAUUUUCGUGAUGUUUUGUUGCAUAGUCAGUCUCUUGCAGGCAUAACAAUGUCUAUGCAAAGAAACAAACUUGAAACUGAAUUAAAGAAGGUCAAAAACUUGUUGUCUGUUGCAAAUGGUUGUCUUCAAAAUGUCACAAAGGAAAGGGAACAGUUUGAUGAUGCUAAUAAUCAGCUUCUUGUACACUUCAAGUCAAAGGAUGCACUGGGACCCGCUAUCGCCAUUUUGAGGGAACAUGCGAAGAACUUGAAAAGGUAUGACAAAGCAAUUGACCCAGAUGAAGAAUUUUUACAAGAUAUCGAACAAAGAAAAAGCCUUGAACAUGAAUAUCUAGCUGCAGAAACCAAGGUUCUUACAAUCUUUGGUGCGCCACUGAACCUCUAA